GGGCAGUGCUAUAAACUUGGAGCAGGUUACAAGCACCUAGAACAGACUUGAAACAGAACAGAAGCUACCUAGCUAGGCAGCCAUGGCAAGCAGCUCCGAAGUUCCUGCCGCUGCAAGGAAGUUGGAGAGGAAGGUGGCGGUGAUCACCGGCGGGGCGAGCGGCAUCGGGGAGCGCACGGCGCGGCUGUUCGUGCGGCACGGCGCGCGCGUCGUGGUGGCCGAUAUCCAGGACCAGCUCGGGUCCAGCCUCUGCGCCGAGCUGGGCCCCGACGCCGCCAGCUACGUGCACUGCGACGUCACCAGCGAGGCCGACGUCGCGGCGGCCGUGGACCACGCCGUGGCGCGGUUCGGUGGGCUGGACGUCAUGUUCAACAACGCGGGCAUCGGCGGCGCGGCGUGCCACAACAUCCGGGAGAGCACCAAGGAGGACUUCGAGCGCGUGCUGGCGGUGAACCUAGUGGGCCCGUUCCUGGGCACGAAGCACGCGGCGAGGGUGAUGGUGCCCGCGGGCCGCGGGGGUUGCAUCAUCGGGACCUCGAGCCUGGCGUCGGCGGUGGCGGGAGCCGCGUCGCACGCGUACACGUGCGCCAAGCGCGGGCUGGUGGCGCUGACGGAGAACGCGGCGGCGGAGCUGGGGCGGCACGGGAUCCGGGUCAACUGCGUCUCUCCCGCCGCGGCCGCCACGCCGCUGGCCACGGGGUACGUGGGGCUGGAGGGGGAGGCGUUCGAGCAGGCCAUGGAGGCCGUCGCCAAUCUCAAGGGCGUUGGGGGCCUGCGGGUGGAGGACAUCGCCGCCGCCGUGCUCUUCCUCGCCAGCGACGACGCGCGGUACAUCAGCGGCCACAACCUGAUCAUCGACGGCGGCUUCUCCAUCGUCAACCCGUCCUUCGGGAUCUUCAAAGACUGAGCCCAACCGAUCGGUCCGGUCGGGUCGGGUCGAUGCACACGCCAUGCAUUCGUGCAUGCACGACCAGUCGCUGGAGUAACGCAGAGUGAUUGCCUGGCCAUCGUGCCCAUGUGGUUCCAUGUACGUUUGCGUUUCACUACCACUUGCGUUGUCUUUUUGGAAGAGAUGUGGUAAAUGAAUAAUGUAUCGCACCGCCACCAUUGGUCCUCCUCCAUCCUGAUUCUUUGCACCCGGCCAAUCACGAGAACUCAGAUGCGAUCGACGGACGAAAAAUAAUCCACGCAGGACGCAGCCACAGGAGUGGGAGUCGAGCUACUAUCGGACUCCAACCUGGUUCCUUAGAUAAUUU